UGCAGCGGCGGUACGCUUAGAGGAGUGCUUGUGUGGUUCGCGUAGACAAAUCCAUUCGCACAAUGGGGCUGAGCUAGUGGGCCAGUCAGUGAUGGCUCGCCGCCCGCACAUCUCUCUUGCUUUCGAUCGCUACUCACUGCUCAGCUCUCGCAGAAAGCGGACGUGUGUACUACCGACUCGUACUCCUGCCUGUGUUGUGAUCUCUAUCUUGUGAUAUUCUGCUAUCUGUUGUGAUAUUGUGCUGUUCCUCUUGUGAAUAUUUCUUGGUUUAUACCCGAUUACCAACAUGCUUGCGACACGGACGCAACCCCUCAUGCAUACGGAGUAUUUACAGCCCAUGGACCCGCUUCCAACAACGUUGGAUGCGAAGAAGAGUCCAUUGGCCUUGCUCGCUCAGACAUGCAGCAGCAUCGGAAAGCCGGAUCCCCCUCCCAGGGACUCGAAUGAGAUGAAGACUGGACUCACUGCUCCACUCGACAUCGGCGGCAAGAAGUCCCCUGAGAAGGCAGCAACCACGAUCCACGAGCUCGACCGGUCAUCAUUCAAGCCCUACAAACAGAACGAGAAACGUGACGGGGAUGCCUAUGUGACGAAAAUCGCCGCCUUCGAAAAGGCAGCAUCGCGGGGAUCGCCUCUUAGCGUGAUCACCAGCACGGACUCGAAGCCGAUCGCCAGCGCGACCACCUUUACCUCGUCGCCGCCGUCGCCAACGAAAACGAGGACAGAGUCAUCGAGACCGAGUUCAAAUCAGAGCACGACGGAAACUGUUUCAAGUCAUACCAGUACUGGACAUAGCUUUGGCUGUGGUGCUCAUAGUCCGAGCCACCGGGGCGAUUCUAAGCCACACGCUCAGGUUUCUUCUGCCCCUAUCUUACCGACACAUCUCGUCCCUCCUGCACUAGCUACAGGAUUCAAACCCUCCACGUCUCUCGCCAGUACUUCACCCACAUCAGGACAUUGUGGAUGCCCUUCACAGCUUCUUGGACAUCACCUACCCCACAUUGCAGAUCCUGCAAGUAUUUCAAAGGAUCAUGCUGGACAUCUCUUAGCUGCAACCGCCGGUUCACCUUACGCCACCGCCUAUGCACGUGUGAAAACAGCUGAUGGAGGAACGACAUUGAUGCCUAUCUGCCGUGACCCGUACUGUUCACAUUGCCAAUCAGCCUCACUUGCAGCAAGUGCAGCAACAGGUGCAGCCUGCACACAGUGUAGACACGAUGGACUAUCUUUGAACGGAGCUGUUCCGUUCGCACUUCCCGUUCACGGUGCUUUUCCCGCAUAUUUCCAGUCAGGCAGUCCCACCGCCGCCGCCACGCCUUACCUUUACCCACCACCCCCGGUCCCCGCCCAAACCGAGCAUGGACACGUCUGCAACUGGGUUUCAGGCAACACGAGUUGUGGGAAACGUUUCGGCAGUGGUGAGGAGUUGCUGCAACAUUUACGCACACACACCAUGCAGUCGAACGAGUCGAUAAGUACGCCGUCUCCCUACGCCUUUGCUCAAUCGCUGAACGCUCAACUGAGUGCUUACUACAUGCACUACCCAGCCGCUGCACCCAUCCCAGGCUCAUACGGACUUUCAAAACCAGGGGUACCACAAUCACCCCUCAGCCCUAGUUCCCCGCUCAGAUACCACCCCUACAAGGCACCCAUCCCCACCUCCCUCGCCACCCUCCCUGGUCUCCCAGCAGGAGCUUACUACUCUCCUUAUGCUUUCCAUGACCUCAAAGGUAGACUUGCUGCAGCAGGAGUACCACACUAGCCAAAAACCAUCUUCAAAGUGGUUCAAAAA